AUGACUACGCAAAAGAUCCCAAGCGUAACACUGCUAGAUGGAGGGACAGGUGAAGAAUUGUUUGCCCGUGGGCUCGCCGACGAUCGCCGCAUUUGGUCCGCGAUAGCACUUGUACACGAGCAGCACCAUAAUUUAUUACGGGAGGUGCACAUGUCGUUCUUGGACGCCGGUGCUGAUUGCAUCACGAGCAACAAUUACGGAGUGACCCCCGGUGUUGGAUUUAGUGACGAGGAGAUUCAACGAUACACGACAAUAGCUGGUCGAGUGGCUCGAGAAGCAUGUGACCAAUGGACAGCAGCGUCCCUGGACCCGAUGAGACGAAAACCCAAAGUCUGCGGGUCGCUGCCUCCUUUGCUGGAGAGUUACAGAGCUGACAGGGUGCCCGAUCAUGAAAGUGGAGUUGAAAUGUAUACAUUGAUUGCUCAGACUUUAAACCCUUUUGUCGAUUGCUACUUAGCAGAGACAUUAUCGUCGAGUAGUGAAGCCAAAAUGGCAUUGCUCGGAGUGCAUCGGAGUAGAGAUGGUGACAAAAAUAUGGAAAUUAUGGUGUCAUUCACAUUGAAUAGUAAGGGACGUCUUCGAAGCGGAGAAGAUCUGUGCAAUGUAUUUGAGAAGUUGAUCAGUUUUUCCGCACAUUUAACGGGCAUAAAGCUGCAGGCGAUCCUUUUUAAUUGCUCUCAGCCUGAGGCAAUUUGUAAGGCACUCAAAGAGCUGCACGAAAAUGAUCAUACGCGUGCAAUUUUGCGCGAGCAGGGGGUGCUUUUGGGUGCAUAUGCUAAUCGCCUUACGAUCAUCCCGGAUGAUUGGGCUCUCGCGGAGUACAGCGAACCACAAGCCAUACGCACAGAUUUAGCUGUGGAGAAAUAUAAUACUUUUAUCUUGCAAUGGAUAGAGCUGGGUGUGGAACUUGUGGGAGGUUGCUGUGGCUUUCGAUGGAAUAGCAAACUGACAGAAGUGAAUCUACAUCUCGAAGCCUUCAUUGUAUUCAAAAGCAGUACGCACGGAAGCACUGCACAAUAA